AUGCGUUGUGAUAUUUGUGGGAAAAUAUUUUCAAGAGCCAGCAACCUUAACUUACACGUGAAAGAACAAAAUGCAUCUGACCUUGAGUGUUUAAGUGUAACUUUUGCCGGAGGACAUUUACCAGAAUCUAUAAAUUACGGAGACACUACAGACUUUUACAAACUAGAUGGGACCACAUUGAGUGGAGCCAUGGAUCGGAAACGAUAUUCAGUGAAAAGACAAAUUUACGAAGAGGCUAAGAAACCUGUGUGCGUUUUAAGCGAACAGUACGAAAACAUUUCCUCCGACGAAGAAUUUACGACAGAGAAUGAAAAGAGAUGA